AGACUGCUAUCCCGUUGCUAAGCAGUAUGCUAUCUCCUCAGAACCAAGGAGGUAGGCACCUGGGCUCUUUGGAGUGAGAGUGGGAGAAACUGGAGCGACACAACUUUGCUCUUUUGAAGGCACCAGUCACCGAUAAAAGUCCCGAGAUUUAAGGAAGUAACAAAAACUCAGCCGAGACGCAGUAUGAGGUUGGAAGGACAUUAGCAGACCUGAGUUCCUAUCAAGUUGACUUACCUGCUUUAAGAACUGUUCUCAGAGUACAAAGCCAGACACAUGACGGAGAGAAACAAAGCCUGCUUUAUAGUGAGGCACACUCCUCAUCCCAGAAGAGUUUGCCACAUCCAAGGUUUGAACAACAUCCCAAUCUGCACCGUGAAUGAUGAUGACUUAUUUCCGAGAAUGCUGCAUUGCUCCAACCUGUUUAGUCCUUUAGAGAGGAAUGAGUCACCAUUAACAAAAUUCAAUAACCCACCCAGUGCUGCAUCCCCAGAGAACCCAAGUAUCCGAGGACUGUCACCAGCCCCACCCAAAGUGCCCUCAAGACCUCACUCUGAGUCAUGUAGAAAAUCCAGUCAGUACUCCAAAACUUCCAGAGACAAUCCCUUGGUGAAAAAUAAGGAUGAAUAUAAAGCUAAAAGUCCACUAGCAUCCUCAAGGCCAUAUUUUGUGGCCUCAGAUGUGAUGAGCACCAAGAUGGAUGGACAGGAAAACACAGUGCGCAUACCAAACUACCUGGAUCAGGAGAUAAAGAUCCUGGCAAAGCUCAGUGACAUUUUACACACCGAUUCUCUGACAGAGGUUCUGGACUGGCUGCUUCAAGCAAGUACCAAAGAAAAGGAGUGGGUAUCAGCUCUGAUUCAUACUGAACUAGCUGAGAGGAACCUGCUGGCUAGCCACAGAACAAACACCACAGCAGAAGCAGCCUCAGAGCCCAGGAAGCCACACACGGCUCUGACAACCCCUACAGCCGACCUGCUGCAAAACUCACGUGCAAAACUGAAAGAGCUGACUGGAUCUAGAGAACAUCAGCUACACAGAAGAUUAAACACAGAAGCCACCAGAAUGUCAAGCCAAGGAUCCACAGGAAACAAGCCAGUAUCACAAGAGGCUGAGACCCCGUUCUUUAUAAGAAGAAACAAGAAGAAAAUACCUGUGACGGAAUAUUUCAGCAAUCCAAAGUCUCCUCUCAGGCCCAACACUCUGGGGAGCAGAUCAGCAAAACCAGGGUCAGCAAGGAGCGUGCAAGGCUACAGCCCUCAGAGAGCAUUCUAUCCUUAACACAUCAAAGGGCUAAUACCAGAAAAUCAUCCAUAAUCAGAAUUAAGUGCUGAAUCCAAACUCAGAGUGAAGGAAAAACUGCUCGAGAAUUUUAACAUUUGAGCUGAUUUUGGUGCCUACACUGUUUGGGGACCAUUAUGGAGAAAUUCUCAUCUCCUCUCCAAAAAUAAAAAAAAAAAAAAAAUGUAAAA